AUGCAAUCAAUACCUGUCCUAGGCAGAUCCAAUACACCAAAAAUGGGAAACAGCAGCUCACUCAUGCUUAGAGAUGAGGAAAUCGAUGAGAUUGCAAGAGAGACUGAAUUCAACAGAAAUCAAAUCGUUCGCCUCUACAGCCGUUUCUUGUCGUUAGAUAAAAAAGGCCAAGGAUUUCUGUCGCGUGAUGAUUUCUUGAACGUUCCCGAACUAGCAGUAAAUCCUCUAGGGGAUCGUAUUGUGGACGCAUUUUUCACACUUGCUGGCGAAAAUGAACAACAGCUGAAUUUCCGUCAAUUCGUCAGGAUUCUGGCUCAUUUCCAGCCGAUUAACCGAUCAAAGAAGAACGCCCUGAAUGGAAGGAAGGAGAAGCUAAAGUUUGCAUUCCAAAUGUACGAUCUGAACAAGAACGGAUAUAUCACUCGAGAGGAGUUCAAAGUGAUUCUUAACAGCAUGGUUGGAGCGAACAUCACUGCUGAGCAGCUUGAUAAAAUAGCAGACAGGACCAUUGAAGAGGCCGACGGGGACAACGAUGGACGAAUUUCAUUCGAGGAAUUUUGUAGGGCAAUGGAGAAGACGGACAUAGAAGAGAAGAUGUCGAUUCGAUUCCUCAACUAA